CCAAUGAAAUUAAACCUUCAACGCCCGUUUUCAUUAGUUUUCUGACGCGGUUACAAAAUUAUACGACUUAUCUUUGUUUUGUCCCUUAUAAAUUAUUUAUCUGUUUUUGUCGUUAAAAUAAUAGAAAAAUGCCUGAAAACGUGCUAAAUGCGGACAAUGCAACUGAAGUAAAUGGCGGUAGUGGUGAACCUCAUGAAACUGACGAGGAACCUGGAGAAGAUGAUUUACACUUUGAACCAAUAGUAUCAUUACCUUUGAUUGAAGUGUCAAAUAAUGAGGAGGAUGAAGUAGAAAUGAUUAAAUUGAGAGCGAAACUUUAUCGUUACGAUUCGUCGAAUAAUCCCGCAGAAUGGAAAGAACGUGGAACUGGAGAAGUAAAACUUUUGAGGCAUCAAACAAAAAAUACAGUUCGAGUUGUAAUGCGUCGUGAUAAAACGCUGAAAAUCUGUGCGAAUCAUUUUAUAACACCUUGGAUGGAAUUAAAACCAAAUUGUGGUAGCGAUCGUGCAUGGGUUUGGAGUGUCCUCGCAGAUUUUGCCGAUGAACAAAUAAAACCGGAGCUUCUCGCCAUAAGAUUUGCGAAUGCUGAGAAUGCAACUCUUUGGAAGGAAACUUUUGAAAAAGCAAAAAAAAUAGUAGGCUCAGAAUGUGAAAUUUAUUCUGGCAAAUCGAAUCCAGAUGAUUAUAAAAGUGAUGACGAUGAUAGCGAUAGUGAUAGCUGUAGCGAAGUAAGCUAUGAAGAAAGUGACAAUGAUGAAGGAAAAGAAAAACUUACAAUUACGGAGAUUAAUGACACCAGUAAGGAGGUAACGAAAGAAGAAACAAAAUCCAAAGAAGACGAUGUUAAAAAAACAGAGGAAGUGACUACGGAGCUGGAUAAGCUCACGGUAAAAAGUGAAUAGUAAAAUUAAUUUUGUAAUAGUAAAUUAUGAAAAAUUUAUAUUUGGAACAAGCAUUCCAUACUAGCACGCACAACAACAAACAAAAAAAAUGUACGUCAUACACACACUCUCAUCCCCCCAAAAAAAAUGACAAAACAUUUUUUUUUUUUAUACGAAUAAUUAGUAAUAAUCAUUAUGAAUUAAUGAAAAAUCAUAAGAUUCGUACAUUUCAAUUUUAUCAUCAAUGAUAUAAAGAAAGAAAAUUGUUAAUAACGACAGACAAUUUUUAAUAAAUCUUCAAUUUUUUUAUUAAUAAGAUGAUACUUAUAUACUGAUAUUAUACAUGGAAUCUGUGAUUUUUUUUACGAACAAGAAGCGACAAAGUAUAUUAGAACAAGUGAAUAUAUUACUAGUGAGAUCUGUCAUUAAAGAAAAGUAAUAAAUAGGUUCUUAAGUAAAAA